CCUGUCCACCUGCGUCUGUGAUUGGUGUGGCUGUGUGUCUACCGAAUCUACCAAUCGAGACUCUGCAAUCAACCCCGGCUGGUGGCUGAUGUUUGUUGACAGUCAGCUGACUGAAGACAUGUGCUGCCACUUCCUCAUGACCCGUGACCUUUAAAAUGGUAGAGGCAUCAGUCAGGAGAAGAUGUGAGGGGGAGGAGCCUGGAGAAGCAUCAUUCUGAUUGGCUGUAUAAAGUAUAAAUGAACAGGGAAAAGUUUACUUUGUUCAGACGCUCAAGUUUGUUACUUUAUUAUUUUAGUUUGGUCCUUUUUAGUUGUUUUACUCAUUUGUUUUGACUUUUUCCCUAUUGUCUCUCUCUGUGUCUGUCUGACAUUAUGUCUGACUGGUGCGACUGUUUCAACUUUGGCAUCUCCAUCACCAAACAGGCCAGUGAGAUCGUCAUGACGAUGUUUCAGCAGCACAAAGACGUGAGAGUGAAGAGUUCAUCAGCUGAUCUGGUGACAGAGACUGAUGAGAGAGUGGAGAACCUGCUGAUCAGUGCCAUCAGGAACCGAUAUCCACUGCACAGGUUUAUAGGGGAGGAGUCUGUUGCUGCAGGUGAGCACCUGGAACUGACAGACACGCCCACUUGGAUCAUCGAUCCUAUUGAUGGGACGGUUAACUUUGUCCACAGGUUUCCGUUUGUGGCGAUUUCCAUCGCCUUCACGGUCAACAAGCAGACAGAGUUUGGGAUUGUGUACAGUUGUGUGGAGGACAAACUGUUCUGCGCUCAGAGAGGGGGAGGAGCCUUUCUGAACGGAGAACCGCUGCACGUGUCUGGACAGGAAGAUAUCAGCAGGUGUUUAGUGGUGACGGAGAUUGGGGCGGAGCGUGAUGACCUGGCCCUGUCCAUCAUGACCUCCAACAUCUUCAGACUGCUCACACUUCCUGUACAUGGUGUUCGUGCGUUGGGGACAGCGGCGGUGGACAUGUGUCAGGUGGCCACCGGUGGAGCAGAUGUUUACUAUCACAUCGGGAUGCACUGCUGGGACAUCGCAGCGUCCGCCAUCAUUGUCCAGGAGGCCGGUGGUGUUGUCAUGGAUACGGAUGGCUCACAGUUUGACAUGAUGUCCAGGAGAGUCAUCGCCGCGAGCUCCUUGGUUGUAGCUGGUCGCGUCGCAGACAUGAUCCAGGCAUUUCCUUGUCGCCGUGACGACGAGCAGCCGGUGUGAAUGACGAAUGACUGACGUUUGUGAUGAUAAUAA